GGUCGCAAUAUUCUCUGUCCACUGAGAAAAAGCUAGUAUAAAAACCAAACCGCAAGCACAAAAGGAACUUCAACAAUUUUCAAUUUUCAAGAUUGAAAGUUUCAAAUGCUUUCUGGUUCCUAACUAAACUUCCAAUUCAAGAACAUAUGGAGAGGUUUCAUCCUUCAACUUCAAAUCCCAAAAUGGAAAGAAGAAUUGUUGAGAAAAAUAGGAGAAGUCACAUGAAGGAUCUCUACGCUCGGCUUUACGGUCUUGUUCCAAGUGACAGCUCCAAGGAAAAUUUGACAGUGCCUGAUCAAAUAGACGAAGCGAUAAAUUACAUCAAAAGCAUGGAGAAGAAGCUCGAGAAAUGUAAGGAAAAGAAGGAGAAGCUGUUGUUUGGAAAAAGACCAUAUGCAGGCGCUACAGGUGAGACUACAAAGAUAACUAAUGUUGAAGUUCAUGACAUGGGACCUAAUUUGGAUGUGAUUCUGCUAAAUGGGCUGGAAGAACAAGCUUCAUUUUAUGGCAUUAUUCGCCUGCUUUGCAAAGAAGGUUUUGAGGUUGUCAAUGCUAACUUUUCCAGCAAUGGAAACUCAGUGCUCCAAGUAGUUCAUGACAAGGGUGGAAUAUCAACAUCGAGGACUGAAACAACAGCAGUUGCCAAGAGGCUAAAAGAACUGAUCUAUGGAUACUCACGUGGAGAAGUUGAAUCAAGACUAGACUCGUGGGUUGAAUCGAGACUAGGCCCGUGGGACUUUGAAAUUGAACCUGAUAUAUUAAAUUCUAACGUUCUUGAGUUGAUGUCACCAGGACAGUUUUGCUUUCUGCAGCAACUUUAAAGUUGCGCGCGCAAGUGAGAUUUUACUAUAAGAAGUUGGAUAACGAUGGUCAAUUUCAAUACAAGGAUCUUAGAUUUGUACAUUUAUAGUUUUGCUUCUAUGCAAGCAGCCGGCAAAUUUAGUACUGAAUAAGACCUGAGUUGCAACUCCAAAGCUUUCGACAUGAAUUAAUCUGUAGAUAUAGUUAGAGGGAUUUGAUUUUGACAAUAUGAACCAUUUGUAUGUUAGAAUUUUUUAUUAGAUAAGAUAACAAGUUCACAAUA